AUGAAAAUCUUGCCAGGAGAUGAGCCCACCCUGGGGAAGCAGCUCCAGGAGGUACCUGUGCAAUCCUCAACCAAACUGCCAGUGCCCCCCAGCCGUGAGGCACCCCCAUACCAUCCUCCCUGGGCGGUGACAGGCCCCCGCGUCCCCACCACGGUGGCCAGAAGGGUGACCGCUGAGGACGUAGAGGGACACAGCAAGCGGCCAAAGGGUCACCGAGCUGUACCUCAAAUCCACCUGCCGCCGCUCUGCCAGCGCCCCGAGCCCACGGCAGCCCCCAGCAUCCCACGACCCCGCUCACCGUGUGGCACCCAGGAAGCCCCCCCAUCAUCCCGAGACGUCCCCGGGACCACCAACCCUCCAGCCCGGGAGCCUCAUCUUCCCGGCCGGCGACAACCGCCUCCCUCCCCCUUGGCUCCCGGUGCAGGAUCCGUCCCUGGCUCCAGCCCAGCGCCACCGGCCAGAGGCAGCCGGAGCGGAAACGGGGCGAUCCCGGCUCCUCUGCUGCCCACGCCGGUGAUGCUCCCGCCAGGGCCAGUGCCGGCCGGGCAGGCUCCGGCCCCGCUGCCCGCUCUCACCCCGCAUCCGCCCCGCGCCCGCUCCUGCCCCCGCACCGACGUCCCCACAGCUCGGUCCCCGCCGCCCGGUCGCGGUGCCGGUGCUGGGGUCGCUCCUACCUGCGCGGCGCCGCCGCCGUCCCCGUCUGCAGCCGCCGCCGAGUCGCGCUGCCGCGGGGGCGGGCAGUGGGGAAAGGGGGGGGGGCCGAGCGCCCCUACCCCGCCCCCGGCCCCCCCUCCGCCCCGCCGGUCCAUCCCGCUCGGCCCCAGCCCUCAGCGCCGGCCGGGGCUCCCCGCCCCCUUUGCAGCCUCCUCCGCCCACCCCCCCGCACGGCCCGACAUCCUCCCGGGACCCCUCACCCAUGGGGUCGUGCCAGGAUGGCGACGGGGCCGGUGCCGGGCGGCGGCAGUUGAGGGGCUGCCCGGUGGUCUCUGCCGCAAGCCCAGGGUUGCAUCACAGCAUCCUUCUCCUAAGAAGAUGGAUAAAGCAAAGAAGGAUUUGAGGAAUUCUCUGGGAAGGAGCCCCAGCCCUUCUGAUGCCAGCAAGGAGGCUUCAUGCUGGGACUGCCGUCCAGAGGUGAGUUUGUUUCUUGCUGAUCGCUGCAACCAGGGCUCAAAAAAAUACUCGGCCUUUAGACAGAAGACAUUUGAUGAUGAUGUCCUCACUCCAGAAGCCUGCAACAUCUUGAAGGAUGCUUGUGCUGGCCCCUGUAUGCACCAUGCUUUGCUGAGACAGGCAGACCUGGAGGAGCACACCCCUAAAGUCACAACCUUCAAGAUACCUGAGGGCUUUGGGAAUAUUCUGGAUAAGCAAGUGAUUGGACCAACCACUGAGAACCUCACCAUAUCUGAUUUCCCAGUACAGUCAUUUAAGCCCAAAGUGCAGAUUGCCUUCCAAAGGCUUCCAGGGCAAUGUCCUCGGGCGGUCGAGGUGGAGAGGACAAGAAGGCUGUAUCUCACCUUUGAUGUUGCUGAGCUCUUAGCUGGAGAGGGAAUAGACUCCAAUGAGCUGAUGUCAAGGCAUCAUGAUCCUCACAAUACACCAACUGCUGAGAUAGAUCCUUUCUUUCCCAUCUACCUUCCAUUAGAGAUAUUUGAUGAUUACGACUAUGACUGUCGAACUCCAGAAGACUGGAUCUCACUGGGACUGGAGCCAGGAUCUCAUGAUAGAAAACCAGUGCCUGGAAGAGCACUCUUGCCUACAGAUGAUGUGCUGGGACAUGAGGACCCCAAAAGCCGUAAUUUAUUCUAUGAGUGGAUUGAUGUUGGUGUUUUGGAUUAUGACAAGAACACAGAGCUCUACUUGGUCCAUAAAACAGAUAAGAAUGGGCAUGUGCGGGAUGAAGAAGGGAGACCCAUCCUCAAUGGAGGAAUAACUCCAGAAGGAAGAGCCCCUUUGUUGUCACGUCAGUACUGGGUGCCCCGAGUUCGCCUGUUCUUUCUGGCUGAAGAUCCCCGGGUGUUUGCACGGCGGGUGGUUUCUGCCAACAACCUGCGCAGGAAGGCGGAGGCGCUGAUCCGGUACCAGCUGUACCUGGACUGUAUGCCCACCCAAGGAGUAACCAGCAUCAGUGAGGAGAGCCUGCAGAGAAUUCAGCUGUUGGCUGUGAAUAACCCCCAACUGCAGGAAGAGGAGAGGGUGUUAGACCAUCUGUGCUACCUGGAGAAAGAAGUGAGAUUAGAGUAUGAACGCACCAUGAACAAGAUGAUCUUUGAUGACCUUGUCACUUGUGGACCUUGCAUUAUUUCUUAUGUCACCCUGCCAGACAAAGAGGAGCAGAAGAUACCAGAGAAAGGGCUCAUCUGGAUCCCAGACUAUCCUUUUGAGGAACAAAAAGCAAAUUUCAAUUCUCUCUCACUCCUGACCAGGCCAGAAGUCAUUGUUCUCCUUAUGCAGGUGCAAGAUGAGUGCAACAAGGUAGCCAGCAUGUGUCUGUUCAACUCAACCUUAGCCAAGCACGUCUGCUUGGAGGAGUUUGAACAGAUUCAGACUGAGACAUUCACUCAGGUUCAGGCAUUUCUCAAGGAUACUUGGAUCAGUACUCUAACAACUGCAGUAAAGAGCAGCCUGAGUGAUGCAGAAGAUGACUGGUACGACCUGGAAGAGAGCGACUGGGAUGACUACCAGGUGUCCAAACUGUAUAACCUGAUGAAGCGCCUCAGGUUCAGCCUCCAGGACUCUCUGCGCUAUCUGGUCCAGAACUCACUGAUCAGCUUCACCCAGCUUCUGCUGGGUGCUUGCCAUGGUGUCCUGAAUUGCUCAGAAGACAUGGAAUGGGGAGAUGACCUCAUCAAUAGCCCCUACAAGCCUCAAAGGAAUCCACUCUUUGGAACAGAACUUGUGUUAGACAGCAGUGGUGUUCUCUUCAGCCCCCCUGUGGACAGCUUUGAGAAGUCCCUCAUGUCUCUGUUUGACACGGGAAUCCUGGUGACUCACACUAUUCCACAGCUGGAGAAGUAUGUGUUGGAGAACCUACCCAUCACAGGCACACCCUUGCAGGACUCAGUGGGCUUGCACGAGCCAGAAGUGGAAGAACUACGUGAGGCUAUGUGGUCUGCCAUUCAGAAGGCACGGAUCCCUCUCCAAGCCUAUGCCAAGAAAUAUGAGAAGUUCUUGGAGCUAAAUAACAAUGACAUCCAGUACUUUCUAAGAGACUAUGAAGAGCAAUGUCCAUCUGCCCAGGAGGUGAUGGAUAUAGUGGACAUGCACUUGUCCGAAAAAGAAAACACACACAACACUCUACCUAGUUCUAUUGUCAUUGGUCCUUUCCAUGUCACCGUAAAAGGCGUUAAGCAAAAUCUGUCUAAAAAAUACCAAGAACUUGCCACUGCCAUGUUGGACCUACUUGCUAGAAACCUCCAUUUGCGGGUGCAGAAUAUCUGUGAUACCUAUGAAACUGUCAGCAGCAUAAUGCAGGAGAAGCCAAACAGCAUCGAGGAGCUGACUGAGCUGCGGGAGUGGAUGAAGGGAGUCCCGGAGCAGCUGGCUGUGCAGGAGGAACUGAUUCGUGAAGUCAUGGAAGAUUACAAGGUCACGGAGAUAUUCCUUUACAGUCUUUCUGACGAAGAUUCCAAUGACAAGUGGGCUGCAAGUUAUUGGCCAGUGAAAAUAAGUCUGCAAACCCAGUCCAUUCAGCUCCAGCACGAGGAGGAUGAAGACAAAUUUUGCAAAGCCCACAUCAUAGAUCAGAAUGGCUUUCAAGACAAACUGGAAGACAUGGAGCUGACUGUAGGUGGACUUUCUGUCCAGGUGGACGUUAACCAAGCUCAUGAGUUGGCUAAAAGAGUAAGGUGGAUCAGUAAGGAGCAGAAGGAGCUUCAGGAUUUGGCAGCUCUCUACAACAACAGGGAAAGAAUCUUUGGGAUGCAAAUUGCUGAUUACAGUAAGCUAUCCAGGAUGGUUGAGGAAUUCCAGCCAUACUAUGAUCUCUGGACUACAGUGUCAGACUGGAUGCAGUGGAAUGAGAGCUGGAUGAAUGGUCCUCUCGUGGAAGUUGAGACUGAGCAGCUCGAAAAGAAUGUCAAUGACUCGUUUGAGACAAUGCAGAGAUGUGUGAAGCAGUUCAAGGAUUCCCCAGCCUGCCUGGGUGUGGCAGUGGAGUUUCAAGACAAGAUUGAAGAAUUCAAAGGCUACAUCCCCUUAAUUAAGGGGCUGCUCAACCCUGACAUGAGAAGCCGGCACUGGGAGAUGCUGUCAAAAGAUACUAACAUCGAUAUCAAGCUAGAACCCAGUCUGACACUUGGUUACUGCUUGGACAUGAACCUGCUGGACCAUAUUGAGACCAUUACCCAAGUAGCUGAGACAGCUGGCAAGGAAUAUCCCAUUGAGAAUGCACUCGACAAGAUGGAGAGUGAAUGGAACUCGGUUUCAUUUACUGUGACACCUUACAAAGACACGGGUACCUUUAUUCUGGAAAACACUGAUGAAGCUUCUCAGCUCCUCAAUGAUCAGACUGUCAUGGUUCAGAGCUUGUCCCUCUCACCGUUCAAGAACCAUUUUGAGGAAAGGAUGAACACAUGGGAAAAUAAGCUGAAGUUAACACAGGAUGUCCUAGAGGAAUGGCUGAAAUGCCAGCACUCUUGGCUCUACUUGGAGCCCAUCUUUAGGUUAGAGAACAUCAAAAGUGAGCUUCCAUUGGAAAGCCAGCACUACCAGGCCAUGGAUGAGGACUGGAGGAACAUCAUGAAGAAUGCUAAUGAAAACCCUAAGGUCAUUUCUUUGUGCCCAGAUCCUACACUACUAGAAAACCUGCAGAAAUGUAACAAGCUGCAGGAACUGGUGCAGAAAGGGCUGAGUGAAUAUCUGGAGAGCAAGAGAGGUGAUUCUCCCAGGUUCCAAUUCCUUUCAGACGAUGAGCUGUUGGAGAUACUGUCUCAGACAGAAGACCCUACUGCUGUACAACCUCACCUCCAUAAAUGCUCGGAGGACGUUGCUCAGCUACUGUUCCAGGAGGAGCUGCAGUACUCUGCUGAAGGAGAAGAGGUGAAGCUGAUUGUUCCCAUCUCUCCCACUGAAAACGUUGAGGUCUGGCUGCUGGAAGUUGACCAGUCCAUAGAGGCCAGUGUAUGGGACAACAUAGAAAGCUCACUUUGUGCUUAUCCAGAGGUAGGAGUUUUAUCAGACUGGCAGGUCUUGUAUCCUGAUUCCAGGCUUGCUAUAGAGGUCACCAGUGAUGAUGCUGCAUCCUUUCUGGGUGAUUUGAUUGUCCUGGUCCAUGGAAGGUUGUCUAAGAUACAGUGAGCAGUGUUGUCAGCUCUUCCUGUGAUUGAGGUCCAUGCCAUGGAUGUUGCAGCCAAGCUGAUCAAGGAGAACGUGACAAGCAAGAAUGAGUUUGAGUGGAUCUCCCAGCUCAGACACAACUGGACCAGAGGGGACCUGAACCUCAGAGCUGUCAAUGCUGAAUUUAUCUAUGGCUAUGAACAUCUGGGGAACAGCAGCCAUCUGGUUAUCAUGCCUCUCACUGACAGGUAAGGAGAUUGUUUUUAUCUCACAGGAGCUCUGCACCUGAAAUUUGGAGGGGCACCUGCAGAACCAGCAGGAAGAGGCAAAACAGAAAAAAAAAAAGACCUGGGGAGAACACUAACAAUCCAAACUGUUGUGUUCAACAGCUCCAACCAGCUUGACUUUAUGGCAAUGGGAAAGCUAUUCAAGGGACUAGCCAGCACUGGUGCAUGGGCUGGCUCUGAUCAGUCCAACCAUAUUGAUAUCGAGGUGCUGGCUGUGGUGGCCCAGCAGAUCACAACCAUUCAGAAGGGACAGGAGCAGAGGGUGGACCACUUUGUGUUUGAAGGCACAGAGAUCCCACUGGUCCCAUCCUGUGCAGGCUUCAUCACAAUGAACCCAGGGUGUGUGGGACAUACUGAACGGCCCAAGAACCUGAAGGCUCUCUUCUGUCCUGUGUCUAUGAUGGCCCCUGAUUACUCUGUGAUUACUGAGAUCUCACCCUACUCUUUUGGGUUUAAUGAAGCCAAAGUCCUUGCAAAGAAGAUCACCACAACAUUCAGACUAUUGUCAGAGCAGCUCAGCAGCCAGGAUCAUUAUGACUUUGGGCUGAGAGCUGUGAAGACUGUCAUCUCAACAGCUGGCAACCUCAAAAGAGAGAAUCCUACUAUGAAUGAGGAGCUGACCUGCCUGUGGGCUAUCAGGGAUGCCAGUGGACCAAAAUUCCUGCAGGGCAACCUCCGGCUUUUCAGUGGUGUUAUCUCUGAUUUAUUUCCCGAGAUCAGAAAAGAGCCUGUUGAUUAUGGCAUCCUGGAAGAAGUCAUUUGCAAAUCCUGCAUCAAAGAGGGUCUGAAAGAUGUCGAUGGUUUUGUGACUAAGUGCAUCCAGCUCUAUGAAACCACUGUGGUUUGUCAUAGCCUUAUGCCAACAGUCUCUGGGAAGAGCCGUGGCAGUUUUAGCUCCCUUGCUCUCCUGCUUUUGCACAGUUAUGAAGUCCUGGCAGCUGCAAUGACAUCACUGAAAGGUCAGCCUGCAGCCAGUGGUGGGAAUUACAAAGCAGUCAGCUGCUUCGUGCUGAAUCCCAAAUCCAUCACAAUGGGCCAGCUUUAUGGAGAGUUCAGCCAGCUAAUGCAUGAGUGCUCCAGCACCAACUGGGUUCACAGGCAGCUGAGGAUGGGGAGCUUCUGCUAUAAAGAGGGCAGAAGAGAAGGAGGUGGACCUGGACAUUUUGUCUGUGCCAGGGGACCUCCUGGAGGGGGAAGGAAUGCUGACCACUUCAACUACCUCACUCUCACUGAGAUGGAGGACAGCAGCAAGAAAGCUAUCUCCUACCUCCUUGGCAGCUGGAUGGCUGGACUCCUAGGAGAAAAAAGUUACAGAGAUCCAGUGCGAAACAUAUCCCAGCUGCUGCCCACACCAGCAAAGUCACGUUACACCUUCAACCUCAGAGACCUCUCCAAGGUGUUCCAGGCCGUGCUCAUGGCUGAGCCUGGCAAGACUGAGGACAAAUUGCAUCUGCCAAGACUGUGGUACCAUGAGAGCUGCUGGGUCCUCUGUGGUCGCCUGGUCAGCAAGGUUCUGUUUGGGGAAUUCAUGGAGCCAAGUGCCAAUAUCAAACUGUUGAGAGGAGCCUCCUCCUUGCACAAGAUCCUGCACUUUGGUGCCAGGACUGAAGCUGUCAGUGGCACGCUCCUGCAGACAGCAGAGGACGUGGUGAGGAUGCAGGAAGAGCUGGAGCCCGCCCGCCCUCUCCUGGCGCAAGUAGCCAAGGACACAGCGGCAACCACGGAGCAACUGCAGCUGGAGCUCCAGCAGAUCCAGGCGGCUCCGCUGGCCCAGCAGCCACGCAGCCGCCUCCUUUUGCCUCCUGGCAGUGUCCUGCAGACCAGCAGCUUCCAGGCUGAGCUGCCUCUGCAGGACAGGCAGGUUGGCUACCCAGACCUGCAGUUUGUUGUACCGCCAGAGCUGACGGUCACGAUAGUCCUGAAGCUCCUGGAGCUCCUGCUGCAGGGCCUCCAGAGAGGAAGCCUCAUCAUCUGGAUGGUCAGCACUAGAAGGGAAAAAGCAGGAAUCAUCCUGGUCUGCAUUAUGAAAGGAGUCAAGUCCAAAAACGUGGCAGGAGAAAAGCUAGGGUGCAAGGUGAAUGACUACUGGGAACCAGGCAGGAGCCUUGUCCAGGACCCAGGGAAGUUCCUGAACAGCCUACUGAAGUACAUUAAGGGACACCACCACAAAACACUGUGCAAGGAGUGGCUGAGACAGCUGUGAGAAAACAACAUUCCUCACACCAAGGAGACAAGCCUGAUCACCCUUGGAGACCCAUGGAAAUCCAUUCCUGGAGAGCAAGUUGCAGGUUUACCCAAGGACACCCUGUCUGUGGAGAAUGGGAUAACACAGGUCUCCCAGCGCUGGACUCGCUACUUCGAUCCCCAAGGAGGAGCAAACAAGUGGAGCAAGAAUCUGGUACAACAGCCUCCUACAGAUGAUUGCUCAAAAACUGAAGAAUUUGCUGAGAGCUCUGAAGGGCCUGGUGAUGUCCUCUCAGCUGGAGCUGAUGGCCAGCAGCUUGUCCCCAACAACAACGCUGUCCCCGAGGUAUGGAAUGCCAAGGCACACUGUCAACAACAGACCACUCCACCAACUAUGUGA